UCACACGCAGGUAGUGGUGUCAAGCGCCGAGCUCCGAGACCCGAGCUGGGUGAGGGGCCGCAGGCGGCGGCGUACUCUCGGUGCGCGGUAUGAGUUUGGCUGGGGGCCGAGCCCCGCGGAAGACCGCCGGGAACCGGCUUUCUGGGCUUCUAGAGGCCGAGGAGGAAGAUGAGUUCUACCAGACGACUUAUGGGGGUUUCACAGAGGAAUCAGGAGAUGAUGAGUAUCAAGGGGACCAGUCAGACACAGAGGAUGAGGUGGACUCUGACUUUGACAUCGAUGAAGGGGAUGAACCAUCCAGUGAUGGAGAAGCAGAAGAGCCAAGAAGGAAGCGCCGAAUAGUCACCAAGGCCUAUAAGGAGCCUCUCAAGAGCUUGAGGCCUCGGAAGGUGAGCACCCCAGCUGGUAGCUCUCAAAAGACCCGAGAAGAGAAAGCACUGCUGCCACUAGAACUACAGGAUGAUGGCUCAGACAGUCGGAAGUCCAUGCGUCAGUCUACAGCUGAGCAUACACGACAAACGUUCCUUCGGGUACAGGAAAGGCAGGGCCAGUCACGGCGGCGAAAGGGGCCCCACUAUGAGCGCCCACUGACCCAGGAGGAGCUGCUUAGGGAGGCCAAGAUCACAGAGGAGCUCAACCUGCGUUCACUGGAGACAUAUGAGCGGCUUGAGGCUGACAAAAAGAAGCAGGUUCACAAGAAACGAAAGUGCCCUGGGCCCAUAAUCACCUAUCAUUCUGUGACAGUGCCGCUUGUUGGGGAGCCUGGCCCCAAGGAAGAGAAUGUCGAUGUAGAAGGACUUGAUCCUGCUCCCACAGCUUCUGCAUUGACUUCCCAUGCUGGGACUGGACCCAUCAUCCCCCCUGCCCGCUGCUCACGUACCUUCAUCACUUUUAGUGAUGAUGCAACAUUUGAGGAAUGGUUCCCCCAAGGGCGACCUCCAAAGGUCCCUGUUCGGGAAGUCUGCCCAGUGACCCAUCGCCCAGCCCUAUACCGGGACCCUGUUACAGACAUACCCUAUGCUACUGCCCGAGCCUUCAAGAUCAUCCGUGAGGCCUACAAGAAGUACAUCACUGCCCACGGACUCCCAACUGCCUCAGCCCUGGGCCCUGGCCCACCACCUUCUGAGCCCCUCCCUGGCCCUGGGCCCCGAGCCUUACGUCAAAAGAUCGUCAUCAAAUGAAGAGAUGUCUAAUCCUUAGAAACCCCUUUCCUCCCAACUUGGGUGUCUUGACAUUCCCUCUCCCCUCCUUGCUUCUCCUCUGUCAUCUCUGAUCUUUCUUUACCCAAACUUCUUCUCGUCUAUAUUUCUUUCCCCCCAGUUCCUGCUGGUGUUGUGUUUU